AUGCGUCGUGAGACAUUUCACGUUGAUGUGCACUUUCAACCGACCGCUCUGACGGGCCGAAUUGCAAGCGCGGCGGCGGUCCGCAAGCACCCGCACUACAGCUAUCUGGUGCAGGAGGAUGCCCUCAUGACGGUGCACCUGCGCAAGCUGCACGAGCUAUACUCGCAGAGCCACUCGCUGUUGCGUGCCACAGUGUUCCUCAAGUGCUGGGCUCACCACGUGGGUCUCACCUCACGCACCUCAGGGCACCCUGAGGGUCUGAGCAGCUUCCACAUCUCUGCACUUAUACUGCGGCUUGUCGAGGAGGGUGUCGUCNCUCCCGCCAUGUCGGAGGAAAACGUCGUGCGGGCGGUGUGGGUGUAUCUGUCGCGCAACAUUACGGAGAGAAAUAUCAACAACGAAGGCGAAAGCAGCAACAAAAUUAAUAAUAAAGAGGCGCCAGUUCCAGCAGCGGAAGAGAAGGGUGAGGUGGCGGUGCUGCGUCUCACAGGAGAGACGAUGAACCUGCUCUUCCGUACAUCCACGGACUUUUUCCGCCACAUCAUAAAAAAGGCUGCGGACGAGGCCCUGCAGCUGCCGCACUCCGCGGAUGCGAUUAUGCAGACACCGUUUCAACCACUGCAGCUCCGCCUCGAUGUCUGCCUCGUUGUAGAGGGUCUAACGGGGUACCUAACGGAGGUUGACCGCACGGCGCGUGUCAAGACGAGUGGUGCCGCGUUUUCCGUGUCGACGCAGAAGGCACGAGCGCUGUGUGAGAUUGUACGGGAGGCGCUUGGCGCACGUGCGAACUACACUACGGUGUGGCGCUGCAGCGAUGACGCAGUGCAGGUGGCGGUGCAGCUGUCGACUGAGGCGGAGGGACGCAACCGUCUCACCCGCGGCCCUGCGCUGGAGGACGCCGAGGGUGUUGAGCGUUUUAAUGCAUUCUGGGGGAAGGACGUCGCGUCGACGCGCCAGUUCCCCGACGGCGGCAUCUACCGCUGCGUCUUGUGGCGCUUCGACGAGGACGCCGGCGCCCACACGUCCAUCGCGUUGCCCGCCACAACAGUCAUGCGUCGCGUGCUGGAGUUCGCGCUACGCAAGCAUGUCGAUGCGGCCGCGCGCGUAUCGGUGCUGUUGGGUGGCCUUGAAGGUGUGUUGGCAGAGCGCGUCGGUGCGGAGUGGCGUGAUGCGGCGCCAUUCAUGCAGAAGUCACUGAUGGAGGCGUGCAGGGACGUCGAGACGAUGAUCGCGGAGGUCCCACGCACGGCACUGCCGUGCAAAAUCACUGCGUUCGACAUCAUCGCCGCCAGCGAACGGCACACAGAGGCGUUCCCUGUGCGCCCACACCUCGCGCUGACGCAGACGGCAGACGAUCUCACGCAGCCGAGCUUCGCUGGCCUUAGCACGGCACCCACCAUCGAGCCCAUUCACGGUGUUCUGACGAUCGACGACAAGAAUAAGAUUCCUGAUACUCCGGAGGCCAUCGCGACUAUUAAGGGCGCCAUCUGUGCACAACUCUCCAGGGUGCUGCAGGAGCACUACGGGAGCGACAGCAGCAAGGAGAAGGCAAAGAAGCGAGUGAAAAAGGAAAACAGAAUCCUCCACGGGCACCCGCAACAACAGCAAGAAGAAGAGAAAAAUGAGGACAAGAAGUUCAGUGUACGCACAUCAUGCACGAGCACCUCUGUUGAUAUCAUCUAUAAAGGAUACCUGUUUCGGUUAUACAUUGCGCAUUACCGUGAGGUGUCUCUGUUAAAGACGCUACAGCGCGAGGCAGAGGCUGCCAUGAUUGAGCGCAAACUUUUCUGGAGUGUGCAGCACGCCAAAUUUAUGCGUACCAUUGCCUUUGGUCACCACAGCUACGCCACAGCUACUCGUUUGGCAAAACGCUGGCUAAGUGCCAUGCUAAUGCUGGAAUUCAUAUUACCAGAGGCGGUUGAGCUGCUUGUGGCAAAUGCAUAUCUCGGGCAGAACCCACCAAAGACUCCCGUGACAGGAUUCAUGCGCUUUGUUCAGCUUCUCGCCACACACGACUGGUCAACCCCGCUGGUGCUGCCCUACUCCGUAGACAGCAAGGUGCAGGCAGAUGCUGCUGCACUCGUGCGGACGAUGGGUGAGCAGCAGGGCAUGUACAUCGCGACUCCAUACGCCCCACUGGAGAGCCCCUUCACGGCCCACACACCAAGACCGAUGAUCAUGCACCGUGUGGUUCAGUUGGCCAAGGGGGUGGUGAAGACGCUCUUGACGCACCUCGAUGGUCACGCCAUCUCGGCGAAUGUUGAGGCGGCAGUGUUCACGUCAGACCCAAGUGCGUUUGACCUCCACAUGCCGUUUCACCCGCAUCUUCUUCUACAACCUGACCGGUUACUCGUACCCCCGUCUGCCGCAGCAGAUACGGUGGAUGCUGCAGCAGCGCCGGGCACUGUCGUCAGCAAUAAUAAGCACGGUGGAGGUCCCUCGUCUACAUUGGGCGGAGCAUCAUCAUCAUCACCAGAGGCGGCGAUAAUGCCUCAAAUGAUGUCGCGCGUGUGGCAGCUGGACGAGUUGGAGGAGGAGAAGAGCAAAGUAUAUCUGGCGGAGCUUGUUGAGCGGGAGCCUGCUGCGCACGUUGUGCGGAGUGUGCGUGCCGCCACACGAGACCGUUGUAUGGUUUUCUUCGACUGCCUUGCGCCUCGCGCCAUCUACGUUAUCACCAUCACACCGUCGCCGAUGCGAGAGGUCUGCCAGAAGUUACAUGACGACAUUCUUCGCGUCAGUCGUGGGGCGUUAAUGCCUGCAACGUGGACAUCGGCGGAGGGGUCCAGAGGGACGAGAGUUGGGAAAAGGGCAGCCGCGCCCCUCUCGUUGCGUCCCGCCAAAGCCGGAAAGCGGCUACCAGCAGCAGCAGCAGCAGAAGGUGUGCCCACGAAGAUGUCCGUCCAGAGUGGUGAAGGAGCGAAGCGGCGGAAGCGUGUCCGGGGAGAUGGAAACGGCGUUGACGGGGAUGCGCCGCAGUGUGCUGGUAGCCCCCAGGCCAAGCGGCCUCAGCAGCGAGCAUCAGUGGAGGGAAAUGAGAAGAAAAAACAGGCAGCGAAUCCCGUAAGCAAGAGGAAAAAGGUAAAGUGA